GGUAAACUGUUCCCCGGACAUCUACACCAUCACCGUAUAAGUGCUACACGCGACUUUCCAGAACUCUUGUAUCUCUCCAAGAUUCCAUAUCAAGUAGUCUGGAAAAAUAGUAUCAAAAAUGGCAUCAGACAAACCAUCAACGGAGAUCAUCCCCUUCGCCAAGGCGACCGAGAUCAAGAGGCUCGAUGCCAACACCUACCAAGCCAACUUGGUAGACUCGUUCUGCAUCGGCGCCGUCCCCAACGGCGGCUACGUAGCAUCAUGCAUCCUCCAAGCCGCCAUCCUCCACGGCUCCUCCCGCUCCUCUUCCAACCCCCAACCGCACGUCAUGAACGCUCACUUCGAGUACCUCAACCGCACCGAAGUCGGGCCAGCAACCAUCAUCAUCGAGGACAUCAAGCCCGGUCGCCAACUAACCACUCUGCACGCCACUUUGUACCAAGGCGGCGGCGGUGACACCACCUCUGACCUCCAAACCACCCGCGGCAAAAAAAGACGAGUAACCGCCUACCUGGUAAUGACCAACCUCUCCUCCCUCGCCGGAAUCACACUGGACACACAAUUCACCCUCAUCCCCCCCCCUCUCUUACCCCCCGGAGCAGGCAACCCGGACUUCUCCCUCCUCAAACAAAACAAAGACCCGCACUGGACCGCCAUCCCUCUACCCCCAGGAUUCAGCUACAUCCGCGCCCUACAAAACACAAAAUUCUACAUCCCCCGCGCCGGACAAGUGCGCAAAUCCAUCAUCGACCUGUGGAUUUGUUUGUCGUCGGGAGAAAAGGUUACGAAUGCGACGCUGGGCUAUGUGAGUGAUUGCUGGCCGUAUGUCGUUGAGGCUUACCGGCCCCGGACGGAGGAGGAGAGUAAAAUGGAGGGGGCGCAGCCGUUUAGACAUGAUGCAAGGCAUUGGUAUCCUACUGUUGUUAUGAAUGUUGAGCAGAAGAAGGCGGCUCCUGAGGGCGGCCCCGAUGGGGAUGGGGGGUGGGAGUGGUUGAGGAUGAGGGUUAGUAGUAAGGAGGUUAGGGGCGGGAGGUUUGAUUUGGAGGUUUUGAUGAUGGAUGAAAAGGGGGAGUUGGUGGUGGUUAGUAAUCAUGUGGGAUUGGUGUUGGGAAGUGAGAGGAAUUUGGCGGGGAGGGGGAAGGGGGGGAUGAAGGGGCAGAGUAGGAUUUGAUGUGGUGGUGACGAUGGUGGUGAUGAUGGGAUGGUGUUGUGAAUGAGUGUGCGAAGGAAGACACAGGUUUCGAGGUUAUCUGGGUAGACGUUGAUGCUCGGAGAGGGACUAGAGAUAGAGCAGCAUGCGUCUUGAUCCGUACAUGCGAUGUCGACGGCGCUUCUCGGAG